AUGGCGCGCGGCAGGCACCCGGGAGCCGGCGCGGGGCCGCAGCGGGGGGUCCACGGCGAGCGCGUCCGCGUGCGCGCGCGCCGCGGGAUAGGCCUCCGCCGCGGCGCGCCGGUGACGGAGCCCGUGGCGGCCGCCAUUGUGGCGCAGCUGGCCCAGGCGCUGGCGCUGUGCCACCGCCGCGGGGUGGCGCACCGCGACGUCAAGCCCGACAACAUCCUCAUCGACGCCGCCGCCGAGGAGGACGGCCGCGGGGCGGCGCCGCGCGCGCGCCUGGCGGACUUCGGGUCCGCGGCGUGGGUGGGCGCGGGGGGCCUGGGCCGCGCGGAGGGGCUGGUGGGGACGCCCCACUACGUGGCCCCCGAGGUGGUCGCCGGCGGCGAGUACGGCGCCAAGGCCGACGUGUGGAGCGCCGGGGUGGUGAUGUACGCGCUGCUGUCCGGCGGCGAGAGCAGCGUUGUGGGCUCCGACGCGUGA